UCAGCGCACUAUCUCUCGUGGCAGCUCUUCGAAUGCACUUGUGCUCCUUUCACCUACUAUAUCUGGGGUCUUUCUGUCAACCUGUAUUGUCUUGCUACACGCUAUACCCUAGGCGAAUUGCGAAAAUGUCUGCUCCCUAAAAUAGGACGGUUCCUGAUCGUGCGAAUGGCCGUUUGCCCUAUGAACUCAGAUGGUGACGUAAACGUGCAUACGGCUUACAUCCCUAAAAUGCCUGUAAAUGGAACGCGAGGUUUGGAACCAUCUUCUCCCUGCGACGUGCAUUGUGGAGACGACCAUCGUUCAACUGAAGCAGGGCCUAGCACCCAACCUGCUCAGCUGCCACCGGCGCCAAGGGGGUUGACAAGCUGUGGCACUGUCGAGGCGGUUGACUGUGACCACCUAAGGAACAUGGUCGAAGCAAACAGCAUUGCGUCUCGCAGCAGCUCGCACCGUCUCUUUCCUGCGUUGUCGCGGCGCACAGCAAACGGCACGGGUUUGGUCAGCAGGAGCAAUGCCGUGCACGCUGCCGAGCUGCACAAGGGCGUUCGAAGAGAGGAACUGCGUCAUUUAUUGCGAGAAGAGAAAAAGGUCUGGGCUCUCCCGCUGCUGGUUCUCCUCGUCUGCAUCGCACUGGGUCUUUGGGGCGUUUUCGCAUCAUCGGCGCAGGAGCGAAGCCAGCGCCACAAAAAUGCGCUAAAUCGCGCAACCGAUAAAGCCCAGACUAUAGCUUCAGAGCUCCGCGCUAGCUACCUUCCAGUAAAGGUCAUGCAAUCCUUCGUGACCCGCUCCCCCUACUUCCCCUCCCUCAACGCCACCUUCCCCUCCCUGGCCUCCGAGCUCCUCUCCCUCACCGCCGCGGGCGCCAUCGCCAACAUGCAGCUGGCGCCGCUGGGGGUGGUGGCCGCAAUACAGCCGCCGCAGGGCAGUGAGUCGGCCCUGGGUCACGACAUCCUGGCCGACCCCGCCAACCGCGACAUGGCGCUGCGGGCCAUCGCCUCCCACAACCUCACCCUGGCUGGGCCCUACAUGCUGCGGCAGGGCUUCAUGGGCGCACCCGCACGCUACCCCAUCUUCCUGCGCGACGUGGACGAGAAUGAGACGUUUGGGUUGUCGCGGGAUGCCACCAACUGCUCCUCGCUUUGCUAUGAUGCCGGAACGAGGACAAAGUUCUGGGGGUUUGCCACGGUCCUCAUCGACUGGGACCGCUUCAUUAACCAGGUGGUGCGGAUCGGGGAGCUGUCCUCGCAGGGACUCAAGUACCGACUGACUAGGGGCACGGAUGGCGUUGACACCGGCGGCAGCGGCAGCAGUGUCAGUACCAGCGACGUCAGCAGCGGUAGCAGCGGCAGCGGCAUGGAGGCCGUAUGGCUGGCGGGAAGCAAAGAGGCCCUGCACGACCCCGUCCACGUGUACAUCUCCGUGCCUAACAACGAGUGGCGGCUGGGGGUGGAGGACGCGCGCGGCUGGGUGCCUGCGUGGAAGUGGCCGCUGGUGGCGAUGGUGGUUGUGAUGGGCUGUGUGUUGGCGGCGCUGGUGGGUCAUGCGCUGCUGGGGCGGGCGCAGCAGCGGCAGCUGCUGCUGGAGGUCAUGGCCGCCAACGGUAACCUGGAGGACGCCGCCAGUGUGUUGCUGCGCGAGAAGGAGCGCGUGGAGGCGCUGCUGCAGCGGCAGUACGACC